AUAGUAUGGAAGGUACCUAUAUGUAAGUUGCGAUCGCAGUUGCAGUUGCAUUUUGCAUUUGCAUUUGCAUGUGAGGCUAAGUCCGUGUAGUACUUGCCAUACAUGUAUGCAGUUUCCCCCUGUACCGUCAUUGUCAUUUUCACUGUCAUUGUCAUUGUCACUAUCAUUGUUACAUAAUACAUUGUACAUAUAUCUUUCUUCCUUCAUUUGUUCGUUCAGAAACUUUUCCAUUCCAUUCGCGUUAAUCGCGUUUUCUUGUUUGCAACCAUCACUUUGCCGAUCUGGUAUGACUAUCGAAACUUGGACCACGCUGUGUGGUCGCCUACGGAGUCUACCUGCAUAGGAAGAAGGUCGCCAUCGUUGGCA